AUGGAGAAAGCAAUUAUUUUCAUAUGCAUGCUACUCCUCACCACAUGCACAACACCAGCGCAGUCAAAGUACUACGGCAAAAGUUCGACGUACAAACCCGCCAAGCUGAAAAAAACACACCUCCAUUUCUUCCUCCACGACGUCCUAAGUGGUGCCAAGCCCACGGCGGUCCGCAUCGCGGGGCCGAGGACACUGAUGGCGUUCGGGUCGGUAUAUGCCAUCGACGACGUGCUGACGGAGGGACCGGAGGCAACGUCGGAGGUCGUCGGAAAUGCUCAGGGGAUGUAUAUGUCGUCGAGCCAGGGAAAGAAUCUGACGUUGGUGAUGUGCAUGGAUCUUGGAUUCACGGCAGGGAAGUUCAAGGGGAGCUCGCUGAGCGUGUUAUCGAGGAAUCCGGUGACAGAGAGCCACCGUGAGCUUGCAGUGGUCGGAGGCCGGGGGCAGUUUAGAAGGGCUCAAGGGACUAUUUUUGUGAAGACUCAUACUGUGAAUUAUACUAAUGGAGAUGCUGUGCUCGAGUAUAAUGUGGAGGUAGUUCAUCUUUGA